AUGAUGUUCGUCAACGCCUUCGCCGUCGCAGUUACUCUCGUCGCUCCUGCCGCUGUAACAGCCCUUCAGUUUUUACCUGGAGAAACUCCUUACUUCACAGUAUGCAAAGGUGCUGGCUUCGCUGAUUGCGCAAGAGCUAAUUAUGAUUUCGGCGAAUGUCAUGACUUUACUUCUGAGUAUACUGAUGUAAUUACGUCUUUCAAUACUUACGGCACGUAUUGCCGCCUUUAUGAAACUACUGGUUGCGAGGAUGAAUCGAAGUCGUUCGUUUAUUCCGGCUCGGUCGAGGACCUGGCCAAGGAGGAUGCAUCCAUUUCCCGUUACGAUGAUAAGCUCGCUUCCUACAAAUGCGGUUAA